GAGUCACCAAGCGUUUGCUUGAUUGGGAGUGUCAAAAAAACAAAAGCCAUUCUCAAAUGCAACUGGCAAUCAUUUGUAGGCAACUGCAACUUUUUUUUUUUUGGAUAAACCCUGCAUGCUUUUUUUUUGUUUUUAAUGAGCCCCACAUUGUCCGUAGAAGGGCUUCUUUGAGCCAAGACCUCGCUAGAAGGGAAAGGCACAAACGAUAUUGAUAAUGUUGCUAUACACACAAUGACAAUCCAAACAAAAAGAUCAGGUAACCUCACCGAUUUGUGCGCGCAAGUCAGUUGAAAAGUGUACCAUGUGUUUUGGAACACAUUCGGGACGAGUUCACGUACUUUUUGUGUUUUGCAUAAUGCUACUCUCCCCCGUUAUCAAAUGUAUUGUCAAGUAUCGUUAGAAGUAGCGGAACUCGAUAGAUUGUACAGAACAAGGGGGACAUGAGAGAGAAAUCACAACACAUUGUUAAUCUUGCAAUAACAGUCUCCUUGCGAAUGUUUUCCUUUGUUAAAGAGUAAAAAAAGAUUUCUCUCUUGUGUGUUUCAAAAGAAAACAAACCCUUGCCAAUGAACACGUGUUUAUUCUCUCUCUCUCUCUGUCUCUCUCUCUCUCUCUCUCUCUCUCUUUUCUUUUGCUGUUGAGAUAAGUCUAAAACUUUUAACCAAAAAAACAAAACUCCAAAACUAAAUACUUUUAAUGUCAAUUGAUUCGUUCAAAUCCACUUUGUCUUUAUAAAGAAAGUUUCUGAUACGCGUUCAGCAGUUUCAACUUUCUUUUGACUAGACGUCUUCUAAAGGUCUUUUCUCUCGUUUGGGACUCGUAGUAGUAGUCGAAUAUGUUGAGAGUGGCGAAUGAAUAAAGAAAAUGGGGGGGUUUUAUAACAGCGUUAUAGAAAUCAACUUGCUGUAUUGGUCAUGUCGACUACUUUGACUUUUUUUGUAUUGUCGGAGGGGUUUUCUUUUUCUUUUGUUCUUCCACCCUUUAUACUGCAGUCCUCCUCCUCCUCCUCCCAACUCUCUUUUCUUUAGACUUUUCCUUUUAUUAAACGGACUGGUGCCGUUUAAUUGUUGGCCUCCCCCUUCUUUCUGCCCUUUAGGCAUUUCCCCUUUAUCCGUUUUCCAAUACCAUAUAACGAAAUCAAAAAGAGAGGCCAACCCCCAUCAUCAUUCCAACGAGUGAGAAGCUAGAAGAAGAAGAAGAGACUUUAGCAAAUGGCCGCAACAGCGACUUCCAUAUUCAAAAUACGAGCCAUCUCAGAUUUCUUGGCACCAAAGGACGCUGGUGAAGAUUGCCUUCUCUCGUUUCGCAAGAGCCAGGCUUUCUACGUCUUGUCGACAGACACUGUGAGAGGUCUCUAUUUUGUGAGUACGCAGUAUGCAACCCCUUUUUCGCGGACCGCAGUAUCAGGGCUGGUCCCUGUGUCCCAUUUUGAGGUGGUCGACUUGUUGAGCAAGGACCCCGCCCCGCCCAAACAGCAAUCACAACCAUCACAGCAACAGCAUGUUGCCGCCGCCGUGGCUGGAACCACGGUACCUGCAAACGCUGCCGAAAAGACGGUCGCUGGUCGACAGUUAAGGGCCUUUUUGCAGGCAAAUACGCGGCGCUACUCGGAAGGAGCCCUUUUGGCUCCACCUCCCCUUCACCCCGACGAUGCAGAAUUGCAAAGACGAGCCGGAACCGUUCCUAGAAAUGCCUAUAGAUCUCGUACAACAACCACCAAUACGGCUACUCGGUCCUCGCAACAUCAACAACACAAACAACACCAUCAGAAAACCUCGACAACAAAACCAACUUGUCCUCCACCUCCUCAGAAGCAAGCACCCAAUGUCUCGCGAGAUCGUUUCAUAUACGCCGAAAUCAUUUCUACCAUUCGCCAAGCACCAUAUUCUUCCACGCAUGUCGCAUUACAACCACCGCAUCAAAAUCUUUCCUAUUCUGUUCGUGUCGUCCGACAAUACUCUAGUCAUAUUAUCACUCGCUCUUUUGACGACUUUGUCGUACUCCACAACUCACUUGUACAAUUCUUUGGCGCAUACAACAAUCUUAAGCAUUUGAUUCCUACUCUCCCCGCUCGCAUCACCUUGUCCUCAGCAGCAUCCCAGUCCCGUAAAUCCGUGGACGAACGAAUUCACGCCCAACAACUCGCCAUGGAAGAAUAUCUCUCAUCCCUUUGCGACCACCUUCCCCCGUCCAUGCUCGAGUCUGGUAUCGUGGCAAAGUUCUUUACCCCGCGAACAGCAGAAGAAGCCGCCGCUAUUGAAUCCGUCGUACGACGGGACUCUGGGUUUUCUGCUGAAGGCAAUGGCAAAAAUCCUCACCAACAACAAAAACAACAACAACAACAACAACAAGUUCCGCCCCCGGUUCCAGCAAAGGACAAACCUGUCAGCACAGUCGAAAACCUCUCCACUCACCUCCAUUCUACAUUGAGUAUUUCACAACAAAACCGGUGUUCAAGAGGUGCUGGAUCGGCGGAGAGUGAUUUCGAUGCUGAAGACUUUUUGGAUUCAUAUGUGGUUAGAUCUCCUGUAUAUUAGAAUUUGGUAGUGUGUCAAUCAAAGUGUAUAUGACUAGCCAAGUAGUGGUAUACAGAGAUCAAUGGGCGGAUUCAGAGAGAGACAAGCAUAGGAAAAAGCAAAUAUGUAGAAGGGCAAAAACAUAUUCUACUCUUUGUAUCGUA